GGUUUGGAGAAAGGACCCAAGCUGUCAGCUGCCUUGGUUCCUGUGCUGCACAAAUUUGCCGUUACACAAAAACUAAGCCCUGUCAAGGUAACCAAUGUUCUUUAUUGUUCAUUCACAUUUGUAAAAAUAUGGCCAAGCAUGUGUUUAACAAGUUUACGGUCAUGUCGCCCGAAAGUCAUUUCGCCUGAAGUAAUGUCGCAUGUUGGUUACUCCAAGGUCACAUGUCAUCUAACAACAAAACUGUUUCCCGCCAAAUGCCUCUGAGGGGGCAACAAUGGCUUGCAAAAUCUUUCCUAUUGGUUGUGUGUAAGACGCGUUGUUUAAUUUUGUCAUUUUCCCCCGUAUUAAUGGCCUUUUAGGUCUUCGAUAAACGUCUUAGUCUAUUUCUUCUUCUUUGGACAUGGUAAAUCUUAGGGUCUCUUGACAUGAACCCGGUUGGCUGGGUUUCCGAGAUCUUCUCGGUUUUUCCAACCGAGAUCUCGGUAAGCAGGCCGGAAAUUUUGCCAUGAGAACACUUCAGCCCGUUUACCGGGGUGAAAGCAGGAUAAAUUCUGGCAGUCCGGAUGGCAUCGUCUUGCAUUGACUGCUGUAUUUUCCACAUCAUAGGCAUCCGACUUAACAGCAGUUAUACAGCUUUAAGGGUUGCCGAAGUUAUGAUAGGCGCGAAAGUUAAAUUUUUUUGUGUUUCGGCAUAUUUACUUGGUUUCUCGAAUAUGGCACCAGAACUCGUCACCAGGAUCUUUGGCCUUUUCUCGUCUCGGCGGAAACCCGGCUGAAAUUUCUCAUAUGAACCCAAGGAAAAUUCGUCCCGGUAACCGGGCUCAUGUGAAUUGGCCCUUGAAACUGUAAUUUUUUAGCAUCGGUCCACUAAUUUUAUUUUAAUCUUAUUAUGAAGAGUAACCUAGUAAUAAUUAUAGUAAUAUGGUGAUAUAUCGUUCGUUCAUUUCAUUACAGAUAGCGAUGUAUUUACGGGAGAACCAACAGCUUAUAGAAAACCACAAGAGUUUGGUGAAAGUAAUUGAGCUCUUGGUGGAGUCAAAUAUUAAGUCAUCUGAAAUGCACGAAGUACUAGCGAUGAAGAUGCAUUACUUGGCAUUUUUGUUAAAAACAUGCGCGCGUUGGCACGAGGGAAUAGAAGGCAAAGACGGAAUUGAAGGCUUCUUAAAAUAGUAAGGUUUAUUAGUAUUAUUAGAUAAUAAAAAUAAUAGUGUUAGUAAUAAUAAUGAUAAUGAUUAACAAUGAUUGAAUGAGGCUGAGUCGGAUGAUUCAAAUGAUGUUUUUGAUUCUAGGUUUUAGUUUUUCGAUUUUUUCUCUGCACAUAAUGUUUUAGACUCUCUUUUACUUUGGGGAGUCUUUUAUUCUUUUAUAUAGGGAUAACCUCAAGAUAUCCCCUUUCGAGAGACAUUUUGUUAUGUAUUUUAUCUCUUGAAUAAAGUAUUGUAUCGUAUUAUUUAUUAAGAUACGAAAGCCGAUUUCAGUAAUUGUUUUAUUUUUCGUUCAAAAUAAUUCAUAUUUUGAAAACAAGCUAAAACAAUCCAUGCUAGCGCUUACCUCCUUAGAUGUUACGUUCAUCGUCGAUAGUGCAUGUUUAUCGGCAAGUUUUGGAGAUAAAGGUUGUUCAGUUCUGCAAAUAUUUUCCAAAUAGCAGAUGUCGUCCGUCGAGUUGUCUUCUUACUGUUCUCGCUGUGUUUUUAGCCAAUAGUUGGCCUGUUUCUUCUUCGUGAAACGACUGAAACGUUCCGCCAUUUUGUAUCAUUACCAAAACAAUUCAAACGUUCUGAAUCUAUUUUUUUUUUACUUUCUCUCGGCAGUCUAACCAAAGGUCGUCCCUCAGAUGGAUUUUUUCUUAAUGUAGAGGACCUCAUACGUCAGGCAAUCAGAAGUUUCGAUUAUCCUGAGUGUACAAUUUUUAAACAGUUGGUACAGACGAUAGCACCAGUAGAAAAGGUAGGUCGCUGAUAGCAAGUUAAGAACUUUACAGUGGGCCAAAACCACCGGCACGUAACCCAGUUCGGUGAUAUACGUUUCUGAUUAAGCUCAUAAACAGCCACUCGCGCAGCCCUCUAUGAAUAUACAAGGUAAAGAGAAUUGUUGUCUUCUCAUCCUUGACAUUUCUUUUCAUUUCAUUUCACUCAUUUCGUUGUUUCACAAAGUGCGGCUUUUCUGUUGGUAACCCCAAAAACCUGAACCGUAAAACCACGACUAUACACCUGUUAGUUUAUCUACCAGAUCUCCAGAAAUACAAAAUUGAAGAAACAGCAGCAUUUUUAUACCGAUCCACAGGGCGCGGGGAGAAAAAGAACAAAAUAAACUUGUAUUAAUAAUUGGAAUUUUUUGGUUGGAUUCUUAUCACCAGUUAGUAUAAAAGGUGAGACGUGGGAUUUUCAAUGGUCUAGAACGCUUAUGGUACUAAUUUUUUCCGUCCCGUUGUUUGACCUCGAAGGUUAAGGCGUUGCCGUUUCCUCCCUCGUCCCCACAGGCAUCUUUCACCCUCCCAAGAUUUCGAUUGCGAAUUGAAAUCAAGAUGGUGGCCCGGCUAUCGAUCUCUACAACCUUCCCGCACAUCAGUAUCCAUUUCGGUCGUUUCGCCCGAAAGUCGAUUCGCCCGACGGCGUUUGCCAGGACAUUAGUCGAUUCGCCCGAUGGCAUACAAGACUGUACAACAUGGUAAACAUACGUUUCGAAAUGUUAUUUUAGUUACCCUUGGAUUCCAUAUGUACAGUCACUGUCUUCCCAUGAUGUUUCCUUUUUCCUUUUUGUUUUUUUUUUUAUUUUUAAAGAACGAUAAAUACGCUUCGGGCGAAUUGACUUAAUCUGGGCGAACUGCUAUCCGGCGAACGACCUUCGGGCGAAACGACCUGAUACCGCCUUAACCGUAUCUAUGGCCGAAUAAUUAUAUAUUUUCUGUAAAAAAUUUCCCUGAUAAGAGAAAGUGUAAAGCAGUUUGUCAUAAGCUCAAGUAUGGAUUAAUAUAGGAGUUAAAUAAUAUUUUAAUCCACGGUGCUUGUUUAGCCGCGCGUUGCAGUCAUUUCUUCAGUUUUCAAGUCCAAUUUUCUGAUCAUUUGGAGCCAAGAAGUAGUGGACGAAAGAAUGAUUCUUCUUAAAUUGACUGUCACACUUAACCCACUUAAAGUUAUUGGUUUUAUUGUUUUAAUAUUUGCUUAUUCCUAUUUAACUUUUUGUGUUUGUCUUAAGGGGCGAGAUCCAACCGCACUUUCUGUUAUCACUCAGUGUAUAAACGGGCUUCGUUGGUAAGUUAAAAUUCAUCAGUAACUGCAUGGGCAAGAAAACAAGAAUGGCAUCAAUGGGUAAAAUUUUGGGUAACUCCCAUAUGAAACAGACGGGGAUGCUCGUCGUCUCGCUUAGGGGUGUAAAUUUUGGAUUUUGGUCUCGCUUAGGAAGAACUUGAGAUUUAUAACAAUGCUUUAAAAGAACUUGAGAUUUAUGACAAUGCUUUAAAAAACUACUUUUAGAUAAAAGCAUUCGAUGAUUAUGUCUUUAUAUUAUUAAAACUCAUUGCCUGUCGUAUUUGUGUGUUUUUAAGCGGUCUCUUUUAGGGGUCAAAAUUUGCUUAAGCCACGCCUAGAUUGGUCUCCUUUAGGGGUCACUAAAAGCUUGAGCCACGCCCCGAUGGUCUCCUUUAGGGGUUAAAUUCAAAAUUUCCGACGAGCAUCCCCGUCUGUUUCAUAUCGGAGUCCCCCCCGGGAAAAUAAGGUUAAAUGGUGUCACGCCAAAAUGAAAUGCUGUAAGCGAGUUUCAGCGUGAUGCACAGAACACACAAAUAAGCAAUUCAGCGAAAAGUAUUGAAGACGUCAGUAAGGACUACUGUGUAUUUCUCCACCACAAACACUGACUUCAAUACUAAGCGUAAGCAAAGUUUGACAGUUCUUUUUUUACCAGUAUAGAGCUACAAAUAUCCGACGAUCUUCCGAUUAGAAUACAAAUGUAUGCUGUGUGCCUCAUGUACGCAAGCAAAUUGCCCUUUUUUACUGGGACAUUUGCUCAUUCAGUUCCUUAAACUCGCUUUGGUCCACAAAACGUAUACACGCGUCCUUUCCCACGUCUUCCGCCAUUUUAAUUUGCGAAAGUCGCGAAGCAUUGCGUGGGAAGUCACCCAUCUGUCAACAUUUGUUAAAUUGAGGACAUAUGAUUGGCUAUCACUCAAUCCUCUGGAGAGCUCCAGAAACCAAAAAUAACUUUAGAGGGAUUACGAUUGGUAUAGGGCCUGUAUGGGAGAUUCAUUGUCUUAGCCCCUUUAUCCUCUCUUGACCCCCAUUAUGGAUUUCUUGUUUUUUACAAAGCAUAACUCUUUGCAGGUCUGCAAUGGUACCCCAAAACUUAGAUUUUAUGCAGAAAGCGUAUGGUGAUUGUUUGUUCCUUUUUAUGGCACUCGAAGCAAUAAGAAAGUUUCAUUAAUAGCGUACUCGUCGUUUCUCUUUCCAGUGCGGAUUUUAGCGAUUGUUGCUGUGUGUGCACUGAGAAAAAGGAUGUGAAGAAAUGUUCGGCCUGUAAAAUGGUAGGUGGUAGAGAUAUAUAAGCCACCCUUGAAAGAAUCUUUUGGUUUGGUUUUGUUUCAUUUUAGCUGCGUGUUUCUGGUUGUUUCUAUGAAACAGUACUUGGCAAGCCCUUUGGCGGGAGUCCCAUGUCAGAGGCUAGCUGGACCGCCUAGUCAGUGAAUAACCAGCUUGUGUCUUUUCAGGUUGGUUAUUGUAGCGUCAGUUGUCAAAAGCUCCACUGGCAAACACACAAGAAGUUUUGCAAGAAGUUGGCGAAAGAUUACGAGAAGCAACUUGUCGCUAAGCUUGAGGCUGAAAAACUUCAAGAAAUGGAUAAAACUGAAAAAGAUAAAGCGGUUGAGGUUAUUGGUGAAAAUAAAUGCGUGUUAAAUGGAAAAGACGACCAGUCUAUGAACUGUCAAAAGACAGCAACUAAAGAUGAAGAUACAACGACAGCUCAACUUCACGAUGAUAACAGAGAGAUCAAGCAUGAGCCCACGGGCACAUAA